AUGAAGAGUUGUCCUUCGAUCUUCAAUCCGGUCAUCAACCCACCGCCGCAGCGAAAGCGAAAGCUUGAGACUCCGGUCUGUUCUCAACCUUCACCCUCAGCCGAAGAAUCCUCCUCCCUCCGAUCUGUGAUCUUGGAUCCGGCCAACGAUCCGCCGCAGCAAAAGCAGAAGCUCGAAACUUUGGUCCAUUCUCCACCUUCACCCGUAGACGAAGAAUCCUCCCCCAAUUUGAAACUCGGGUCUUCGAUCUGGGAUACGGACUACGUAUUCUCAACUUGCGACGAUUCUCCACGUUCACCCUUAGAGGACGAAUCACACGACGACUCUGUGGGAAAUAAACCAUAUUCUGUCGGAGAAUUCUGUAGAUAUGCUCCCAUUGAUGAGCUCGUUGCAAAGGUGGGACUCCACUGCUACAAUUCUCACAAGGAGACAAAUUUACAAUUCAGGGCUAUAACCAAACUCUACCUAUCAUUUGCUGCACAAUUCAUUUAUGAUAUCACUCUCGAUGCUUUUGAUCCACACAAGAAAUCAUCUUCUAGUAUUAUUACCUCUGUUUGGGAUGCUCCUCAGCACGCCGACUUGACUUUAAUCACAGAUUAUUCCAGCCUUGAAGGAUCCAAUGAAAGGUCCUUCUUUUGGGACCCAAAUGGUGUAGAUGAGCUCUAUAAAGGUGGGAUGCCUAAGUGGCUAGAUGAUGGUGCACUUACAGGAAGCGAGUACUAUGAGCUGAAUGUGUCGGAUUUGCUAGAGAAUGACUGGCUUCAUCUGUAUGCUCAAGUCGGAGCAUACGCCAAGUGGAUGUCUAAGAUGGUUGAUCAUCUCCCAGUGAAGGUAAAGAAAGCAGUGGUACAAACAAAGGAAGACGUAGACUCAAGUUCCAAGUUGAAGUCAAAGUCAAGGAACGCAAUCUUCUACUUAACUUUCGAGUCUCGUGGAGGUGUCGAAUGCAAAUGCGUAAUAAGGCAAACGAGUGAUGGGAAACCACAACACAUGUGCCUUGAAGUCAUGAAUGUUGUGAUGGACGAGUAG